GAGGGAAGAAAAAAUAGAAAGAGAAUUAGUGAGUCAUAAAUCAGAGAGCGAGAGAAAAGUAGUGAGAAAUAGAGUGAGAGGUUAACGAAAGAGAGAACAAUGAAGAACAGAGCUUUUGGUCAGAUUAUGGAUGAUGCAGAGAAUCCAGGGUUCUUCAAGAUCCUUCGACCGGCAGAUUUAUCAUCUGAAAUCAUGAGAGGGAUCCCUCUAAACUUCAUCAAAAGCAUCUCGGACGAAGAGUUCUUGCAUAAGAUGGUGUUAAAAGUGUCAUGGGGAAGCUCUUGGCCUAUCAAAAUUUGUAGAAACCCAAGCUUCUACUUUAUGGAGAAAAAAGGAUGGGAUCAGUUUUUGAGCGACUAUGGUUUAGGUAAUAACGAGUUUCUUACCUUCACACACCAAGGAAAUAUGUGCUUUAGCGUGGACAUCUACCAAAUAGAUGGUAAAGAGCUACUUACACCACGCAGAUCUGCAACCAUUGCUUCUAGUUCCGGUCGGAACAAGAGAGAACAAAGGAAGAACAUCUACAAGGAUGUGAAGAAGGAAGAAGAGUUAGAGUCUUGGUCUGAAUCGAGCUAUACUGGUCUCAAAACAGCUGAAUCUACAAGAAGAAGACAAAGGCUUAGCUUGAGUUAUAAGAAAGCUGAGGAAACUGAGACAUCAAACAAGAAGAAGAGGAUGAUGGAAAUGGAAAGUAUUUGUAACGAUUCUGAAGACGACAAUGUGUCUCUUGUUCCAGAAUUUACCCUCACCAUAAAGAAAUCAUACCUCUUUUUCUUGGGGAUUCCAAAGAUGUUUGAGGAGUUGCAUAUGCCAACGGAAGCAACGAUGUUCAAGAUUCAUGAUCCGGAAGGAAAAAGGUCAUGGGAUGUUAUGUAUAAGUUCACUGGUACACAAUCAAGAUUCUGUGCUGGAUGGAUUCGUUUGGCUAAAGAACUAGAACCGAUGGAAGCUCCUAGAGGCAAUCUGAGAGCGGUGGCUCUUAUCGCCGGCGAUAACAACGUCCGGGGAUGUCUUCAAUUCAUACAAGACACUUUCGGAACCACUCAUGUUACCGGGAAGAUCUCAGGACUGUCUCCUGGCUUCCAUGGAUUUCAUAUUCACUCUUUUGGUGAUACCACAAAUGGCUGCAACUCUACUGGACCUCACUUUAAUCCACUAAAUCGAGUUCACGGGCCACCGAAUGAGGAAGAGCGUCAUGCAGGCGAUUUGGGUAACAUUCUUGCAGGAUCAGAUGGUGUUGCUGAAAUCUCAAUCAAAGACAAACAGAUACCACUUAGUGGGCAGUAUUCUAUACUGGGGAGGGCGGUUGUUGUGCAUGCUGAUCCUGAUGACCUUGGGAAAGGAGGGCACAAGCUUAGCAAAUCAACGGGAAACGCCGGCUCGAGAGUUGGAUGCGGUAUCAUCGGACUUCAAUCAUCUGCAGAUGCUAAACUGUAGCUUUUGAGUUCAAUGGACUAUCCAGAGCAGGGCCACACUCAGUUUUUCAUCAGUAGAUGUACAUUAGAGACCAUAGUACGAAGUGAAAUUGUAUAUCGACAUCCUGUUACUGUUUAAGACAUGAGUCAUAAUGUAAACCAGUACGUAAUCUCCAGUUUUCAUUGAAAAUGAAGUUUUGAACAAGAG